GGAAGAGGAGCAUACGGGCGUGACGUCACUGGCGAUGUUUGUUCUCCAAUUUUAGCUCCAAGUGCACCUCGCAUCCCUCUCUUAUUUUCGCCUUUUCCCCGCCUACCAUGCUCUUCUAACCCUUCCAGCCGACCCCAAGCAACACUUCCACCCCCGCAGCUUCCAGAGGUGCCCGAGGUGAUCAUGAGGCUGAGCGGGUGCCGUGUGGCCGCAUGGCUGGCGGUGGUGGCGGUGCUGUGUGGCCUGGCGUGGGGACAGUCAGGAUGCAGCAACAAGGUGUCCUGCUCCGCCUGCAUCCAGACCCCCAACUGCAUGUGGUGUGGACGGCCCGGGAACUUCACGGGCGAGGAGGGCAAGAGUCUGUCUCGGUGCAUCAAGCGCACAGAUGAUAUUGCAGCCGAGUGGCGAGACGCAUGUGGGAUCAAUGAUGUGCACGAACCAGCCAACUACUUUGAGAUGCUGAUCAACCACGAACUGACGCAGGCCGGGGUGCUGGCCGGGAGUGGGGGCAGCCUGGGUGGGGCGGCCGGGGCUGCUGGUGGGUCAGGAGAGUCCGUGGUGCAGAUCAAGCCCCAGCGUGUGGCCAUGAAGCUCAGAGUCCAGGAAUCCUACAGUCUGGCCGUGACCUUCAGACAGGCGGAGGACUACCCUGUUGACCUGUACUACCUCAUGGACCUCUCAAACUCCAUGGCAGACGACAAGGAUUCCCUCUCCAGACUGGGCACACAGCUGGCAGAGGAGAUGGACAAGAUCACCCGCAACUUCAAGCUCGGGUUCGGCUCCUUCGUGGACAAGACUGUGAUGCCCUACGUGAGCACUGUGCCUGAGAAGCUGGUGGCUCCAUGCACCAACUGUGCUGCGCCCUAUGGCUUCAAGAACGCCCUCAGCCUCACCAGGAACGCCUCUGCCUUUGCUGAGGAGGUUCAUCGCGCGCCAGUGUCCGGAAACCUUGAUGCGCCCGAGGGAGGCUUUGACGCCAUCAUGCAGGCCAUCGUGUGCCAGGACAAGAUCAGGUGGCGUCAGGAGGCCAGGCGACUCCUGCUCUUCUCCACGGAUGCUGGCUUCCACUAUGCUGGCGAUGGCAAGCUUGGAGGCAUCGUCAAGCCCAAUGAUGGAGAGUGCCACCUCAACAACCAAGGGGAGUACACCCACUCUGUGCUGCAAGACUACCCUUCAGUCUCUCAGAUCAACCAGGUGGCCAAACAGCACAAGAUCAACCUCAUCUUCGCCGUGACCCGGGAACAGUCAUCCGUGUACUCCCGCCUCGCCCAGAUGGUUGAGGGCUCCAGCCAGGGCGAGCUAACGGCUGACUCCUCCAAUGUUGUGCAGCUGGUCAAGGAGGAAUAUGGGAAAAUCACAAGCAAGGUAGAGCUGAAGGACAACGCCACAGCUCCUGUCCGCAUCCGCUAUUUCUCCAAGUGCAAGGGACCCGUCGAGAAGGAGACCUCAACGUGCACGGGGCUGCGGGUCGGCGACGAGGUGGAAUUCCGCGCCGAGAUCACUGUGGAGAAGUGCCCCGAGGACCCCAGCGAGUGGAACCAGGUGAUCGGCAUCUACCCUGUGGGCCUGCGCGAGUCUCUCAUCAUCGACCUGGAGAUGCUGUGUGACUGCCAGUGUGAGAGGGCCGGCAAUGAGGGCUACAUCCCGGGGGCUGAAGCUUGCAACUUCCACGGGAUUUACCAGUGUGGUGUGUGCCUCUGCGACAAGGGUUACCUGGGCAGCCGGUGCGAGUGUGGCUCAAACACUCCCUGGGGCGUCGGGGGAAGCUUCGACGACUCCAGCUGCCGACAGACCAACACCUCAGCCAUCUGCAGCAGCCGUGGGACUUGCACGUGCGGCGAGUGCAAGUGCAACGAACGGGAGAACCCUGAGGAGAUCGUUGAAGGUCCAUUCUGUGAGUGCACCAACUUCCUGUGCACACGCUUCAAUGGCCUGCUGUGUGGCGGCCCCGACCAUGGCGUGUGCAAGUGUAACAAGUGUGAGUGUAAGCCGGGCUGGACCGGGGACGACUGCAUGUGUGAGGACAACAAGGACAACUGCAUCAACCCGGCCACUGGAGAUGAGUGUUCCAACCAGGGUGUGUGUGAGUGUAACCAGUGCAAGUGUUCAGAGAGCAAGGACGGACGAUACUCUGGGAAGUACUGUGAGGACUGCCCGCUCUGCGGGACAGACUUUAAGUGUGUGGACUUUAAGGAGUGCGUGCAGUGCCGAGUGUACCAGACAGGACCCUACAGUGAAGACCCGGAGCUGUGUGCCAACUGUUCCGUUCUCCACAGCAGGGUCACGGGACUUCCCUUUGCCAACUACAGUAUUAAUGUGACUGACUGGGCUGAAGUGGAGGAGGAGGGUGAGCGGCUGUGCACCUUCUUUGACGAGAAUGACUGCCGCUUCAAGUUCGUGUAUGGCUACGACGACGACAAGGAGCCAGUGGUGCGUGUCCAGCAGACCCUCGAGUGCCCCCCAACGCUGGACAUCCUCGGCAUCGUGUUGGGUGUGAUCGGGGCCAUCGUGGCGGUGGGCCUGGCGUUGCUACUCAUGUGGAAGGUCCUCACCACCAUACACGACAGGCGGGAGUAUGCACGCUUCGAGAAGGAACGCAUGAUGGCCAGAUGGGACACAGGCGAGAACCCCAUCUACAAGCAAGCCACAUCCACCUUCAAGAACCCCAUGUACGGAGGGGGCAAGUAAGGUCCAUGCCGCCCUGCCUUACCACAGUAUCAAAAUCCUUGUAUUGUUAGCCUCUCGGGGCCCCUCCUGGGAUCUCGCUUCCACCCCGCAGAAGCCAUUGGUGGAGGGGGUGGAGGUCUUAUAUCCUACCCGCUGUGUUCUGUUAGCAUGUUAGUUAGUUUUUUUUUUCCUAGUUAUCAGUUAAAUGUGAUAACUUGUAUGUAUGUUACCCUCUUUUCAUUUUUUCUUACACAAAUCCUCAUCUAGCAUUUUUAUUUUGUUCAUUUCAUUUUUUAACAGCUUACUCUUCUUCUUUGUCCUGAGAGCUUUUACCCAUGAGCACGUAGAGUUGCUGUUUCGGGGGGUCGUGGCUGAGGGUUUUUAAGACCACAUGCUUUUCCUGACACCAAGAUGCAGCACUGGGUUUCAUACUGGCACACACUGACUCUUAAUUUCUUUUUUAACAAUACAUUUUUUAUAUACUCUAAAUUUUCCUUCUUUUUCUUCUAUAGGUAUUUUGAGUCACAUUUCAGUAUCUAUUUGUCUUGUUUAUACUGUUGCUCUCUCUGUAUCAGUAUUCCUGCUUUUCUUUCCACUGACACUAACAAAGCUGUGAGUCUGUGUAAUGAUAUAUGAAGAUAUUGACCCUAGAAUAGCUUUGCUGGCUGACCAGUGUGACAUGUGCCAACCCUGUGUGUGUAGGAUGCACCUGUGUGUGUGUGUGCGUGUGUGCGUGUAAGGUCAUUUGAGCAAGUCAGCGUUUGUCACGUGUGUCUGUAGCGUUCCCCGUCAAGUCAUUGUACAUAAGUUAGUUCCAGUAGGUGCUUUUUACGAACAAACAUUUUAAUAAUUCUUAAUAUUAUUCUCACUAUUUUAAUGCAUUAUCGACUAGGUAAUCACAAGAUCUGUAGUGUUAGCACAAAUGAUGAUGAAUUGUGGAUAGUUGACAAAGCUUUACUAAUAUUUAAAGGUUUUUAUCAUUGUAAGAGAAUAUGAAUCACAGCAACAGUCUCCUGCCAGCUUAGUGCCUUGGCCUCACAGUCAGGUGGGCGUAGCAGUGCCCCUCAAAGUGCUGAUAAGGUGACAGUGCCAAAGAGUCGUCGUUGGAUGUUUGUAUAAGUUUAUGUGCGCCAUUCUAGGCAAGUUUGCACAACAGGGGAAAUAAACUCAAAAAUUGAGCUGUGUGAAAAUUGGAGUUGGUAUGAAAAUUAAACUUAGUUGUGUCGCCUGAUUUGAACAUUGGUAUGGAAAUUAGGCUAAGGUGUGAAAAUCAAGCUUAGGUAUAAGAAUGAAAGUCAAAAUUGAGUUUGGUUAUUCAUUUUGACGAGUUCAUUUCCAUAACUAAAUUUUCCAAAGUAACUUUUUCUUUCCUGAUACGAGUAAUAAUUGGAAUGGGGUUACAAGUUGACUAACAUACCCUAUCAGUUGCCUGGCAUUCCAGAGGCAAGCCACGCACUGCUCGCAGUCCCAGGAAUGCAUUCACGGAGUGCUGGUGUUGUCACAGUUUCAGUGAAAUUUAAGUUUUAUGGAUAUAGGAAAAGGUGCUGAGUGCAGAGUUUAUGAUCUAUAGAUAUUUAUUUUUGGUGAAGAGAAUUCAUAUUAUAUUCAGGGUUACUUCAUUGAUAGGCAGUGAGUGUGAUGGUAAAGUGAAGCUACAAGUGGAGACAGCUACUUAAUGUAUUACAGUAUUCUCACACAAUAUCCUUAAGGUCCCUGUACGGCCCCCACACCCUUGCCUGGGGCCAAGCAUGAAAGUGGCUUAACUGUACAACUAUUUAAUAAAUUUAUUAAUGUA